AUGGCCAACAACAGGGCAGCAAAAUCUGGAUUAGCUGCGGAAGCACAAAGAAAGAUCAACAGCAAAUACAGCGAGGAGUUGGCUGAAGAAUGCCUGGAGUGGAUCAGACAGAUCACCGGCGAGCCCGAAAACACAUCGGGGGACAUGGACAACUUCUUCGAAGUGCUCAAGGACGGCACCCUUUUGUGCAAGCUUGUGAACAACAUCAAACCAGGAAUGGUGAAGAAGGUGAACGAAUCGAAGAUGGCGUUCAAAUGUAUGGAGAACAUCAACGCGUUCCUGGAAGCGGCGCGCCAGUUCGGCGUACCGGCGCAGGAAACAUUCCAGACGGUCGACCUUUGGGAGCGACAGAACCUGAACUCGGUGGUUAUUUGUUUGCAGUCGCUCGGGAGAAAGGCCCAUAACUACGGUAAGCCGUCAAUAGGACCAAAAGAGGCUGAGAAAAAUGUACGUAAUUUCACCGAGGAGCAACUCAGAGCAGGACAAGGUGUCAUUUCACUCCAAUAUGGCUCUAACAAAGGCGCCAACCAAAGCGGGAUCAAUUUCGGCAACACGCGACACAUGUAA